AUAUAAAAUCGGGACGCAACCUUCAGACAGCCAACAUUCUAUCGACGCCACUAGGUCAAACAACGACAACCAUGAACGGCAUGAAGAGCGCUUUUCUGAUCCUGGCAGUGAUUGCCGGUGUUGCAUUGGCGGUUCCUGCUAGUCAUUCGCGAAGAGAUGUUGCCGAAGCAUCAAAACCGGAUCUUGCUGCCGAAGUGCCUGCCACAGUUGAAGAAGCCCCAAAGGGAGAGCUGAAACCUGCUUCCAAUGCUACCGCCCGAGCUGAGACAGCAUCAAAGAAUCUUACAAGUGAAGCCGAAGCACCCGCCAUUCAAGAGGAAAAAGUUGAACUUUUGGCACUGGAAAGUAAUGAAGGAGAUGCAGAAAAAUCCGCCGAAGCCAGUGCUCCAAGCGAAGAUUCUAAUGACGAGGAAUUGGUUGGCGCUGCAAAACCGAUUGACUCUGAUGAAGAAAUGCAAGGUGAUGAACCAGCUCCCAGAUCUUUAGAAGAAAACCAAGAAGCUCAACCUAGUGCUGAAGCAGUAAUAGGAGAAAAAGAAGCCGAGAUUGAUGCACCAGUCGAUGAGGAACCUCCUCAACCGUCAUCGGCUGACAUUGAACGUGAAAAGAUGAUUGAUAGUAUGAUUGAAAAUCUUAAGAGGCUGAAGGAUAUGUCUUCAGCCAAUUCAAGAAAUAUUGAAAGCAAGUGAAAACGUUGUUCGUACGACGGUCGGGAGAAGAGUUAGUAUCUAAUUUGUUAAAUUUUAAUUAAUUCGGAAAUAUAGUCAUUUAUUCAUAUUUCGAUUCAAAGACAAUGAAAGUAUCACGUGACAUACGGAAAUGGGAAGGCUUGAAUUUAUUGGAUUUGGAUGAAAUUUUGCAUAGAUGGUGGGGUGAAAAGUAACCUCCUUGACCGCCAGAAUGCGCUGCUACUGCAAAAAAGGUGAUGAUAGUCCGUUCAUAUUUAGGCAAACAUGUAAAUAAGAAGAGAAAAUAUCUAAACUUUUCUGCAGUCUGCUGCAAAUAACACGAAGGCUUCUUCCUUUACCGGAAAUGCCCAUGUCAUCAGUGAACAAAGAUUUGUGGCAACCCUGAGGCAAAUCAGGGAGGUCCGAAGUGAAAAUGUUAUACAAUAUAGGCCCAAGAAUGCUACCCUGAGGAAC